AUGAGUCUCUGCUCUGUCCCCCGCCGCCCCACCGGCGCCGCUGCGGCGCUGGGGCUCGGUAGCCUCUUGAUGCUGUUCGGGCCGGGACGCGCGUGCCCCGCGGGCUGUGCCUGCACCGACCCCCACACCGUGGACUGCCGUGAUCGCGGGCUGCCCAGCGUGCCCGAUCCCUUCCCCCUGGACGUGCGCAAGCUGCUAGUGGCCGGCAACCGAAUCCAGCAGAUCCCCGAGGACUUCUUUAUCUUCCACGGAGACCUGGUCUAUCUGGAUUUCAGGAACAACUCGCUGCGCUCGCUGGAGGAGGGCACGUUCAGCGGCUCGGCGAAGCUGGCCUUCCUGGACCUGAGCUACAAUAACCUCACCCAGCUGGGUGCCGGCGCCUUCCGCUCGGCGGGGCGGCUGGUCAAGCUGAGCCUGGCCAACAACCACCUGGCUGGUGUGCACGAGGCCGCCUUCGAGAGCCUGGAGUCGCUGCAGGUGCUGGAACUCAACGACAAUAACCUGCGCAGCCUCAACGUGGCGGCUCUGGAUGCACUGCCGGCGCUGCGCACUGUGCGCCUGGAUGGGAACCCCUGGCUGUGCGACUGUGACUUCGCCCACCUCUUCUCCUGGAUUCAAGAGAACGCAUCCAAACUGCCCAAAGGCCUUGAUGCCAUCCAGUGCUCACUGCCCAUGGAGGACCGGAGGGUGGCUCUGCGCGAGCUGUCAGAAGCCAGUUUUAGCGAGUGUAAGUUCAGCCUGUCCCUCACAGACUUGUUCAUCAUCAUCUUCUCGGGUGUGGCCGUGUCCAUUGCCGCCAUCAUCUCCAGCUUCUUCCUGGCCACCGUGGUGCAGUGUUUCCAGAGGUGCGCCCCUAACAAGGACACGGAGGAUGAGGAUGACGACGAGGAUGACUGAGCCACCUCUUCCUGCUCUUUGCUUUCCCACACCCAGCUAGUGGUACCUCUCCAAGGGAGACGGAGAUGCUGAAGACAGAAGCAUCGCAUCACUCCAGGCAGUGAAAGGGCGGGUGCUUGCCUAGAUGCGCCCACUGGGACAGUCGAUCCCAGAGCAUAGAAUCAGCAGAGUAGAGAUGCAGGAAGGAUGGAGAGAUUCAUUCCUGAGCAGAGCCCACCUCCCAGGCUGGGGCAUUCGUGUGUGUGAAGAUAAUCAAGUCAGGCUUCAUGGCUUACAGCUUUACAACUUCCCCAAGCUGAAGUGAAAACUUACAGCUUCUGACCUCAGAGGCGUUUGGACCAUUCUUAUUACGAGCUGCACUCUGGACCAUGAAUCGUCUUCCUCCUAAAAGACAGCGGAGCUCUCGGUGGAGAUUCAAGCUCGGCUCAUUCUCCACGGGAGCAGGAAUUCUUUUCCUCUAUAAAAGGUCCCGGCAGCUUUGGGAUGUUAGACCAAGAACAAACAAACGUACACGCAAUAGACAAUGUCUGUGUCUCCCCUCCGUUGCUGUGUUGACACCCAGUACCCAGCACGAUGAUGCAAGAUGUCUUGAGCCAGCAACACUGAGCUGGGCUAAGAUACCCGAGGCAGAGGUUCACAAGAAGUGGUUGGGGAUCCACUCCUUCAGGGUGCUUUGAAGAGGGCCCUUGGAUAUGACUGGAUUAUGAGAAUGGAUUCAUACUGAGUGCAGUUAGUGCCCUUAUAACCCAAACUCUGAAGACCUCCCUGCUCCUUCUUCCAGGUGAGGACCCGGUGAGAGGAUAGCCAUCUGUGAACCAGGAAGUGGUCUCUCACAGGAACUCAAACGUAUUGGCCUCCAACCUCUAGCCUCCAGAACUGUGAGAAAUAAAUGAUAGUUACUUAUAGACCCUCGUGCCUGUGGUUUUUUGGUAACAGCAGCUCAAAAAGACUAAGACA